GGGAGGGGGGCGCAGGCGCGCCGGGCGCCAAGGCCCUCCCUUGGGGGGGGGCGGGGGCGGGGCGGGCUGGGGGUGGGGUUAGAGAAAAGGACCCAACGCGAUCCAAACUUCCGGUGCCUGCGGAGAACCGAGCGGCUGUGGUACAGAUAGAGGCUGCACAGAGAGUGGCUGCACGGCCGGAGGCUGCAGGGCGGACGCGCGGCCCGGCGCAGCCAUGGUGAAGAUCAGCUUCCAGCCCGCGGUGGCCGGUAUCAAGGGCGACAAGGCCGACAAGGCUUCGGCCUCGGCCUCGGCCUCGGCCCCGGCGCCCGCCCCAGCCGCUGAGAUCCUGCUGACGCCGUCUCGGGAGGAGCGGCCCCCCUACCACCGCUACAAGAAGGGGAGCUCUGUGGGCGGCCUGUGCUACCUGUCGAUGGGCAUGGUCGUACUGCUCAUGGGCCUGGUGUUCGCCUCUGUCUACAUCUACAGAUACUUCUUCCUCGCUCAGCUGGCCCGAGACAACUUCUUCCACUGCGGCGUCCUCUACGAGGACUCCCUGACCUCGCAGGCCCGCACCCGCAUGGAGCUGGAGGAGGACGUAAAGAUCUACCUCGAGGAGAACUACGAGCGCAUCAACGUGCCGGUGCCCCAGUUUGGGGGCGGUGACCCUGCAGACAUCAUCCACGACUUCCAGCGGGGUCUCACUGCCUAUCACGACAUCUCCCUGGACAAGUGCUAUGUCAUUGAGCUCAACACCACCAUCGUGCUGCCCCCUCGCAACUUCUGGGAGCUCCUCAUGAAUGUGAAGAGGGGUACCUACCUCCCACAGACGUACAUCAUCCAGGAGGAGAUGGUGGUCACGGAGCAUGUCAGUGACAAGGAGGCCCUGGGCUCCUUCAUCUACCACCUGUGCAGCGGGAAGGACACCUACCGGCUGCGGCGCAGGGCCACCCGGAGGCGGAUCAACAAGCGAGGGGCCAAGAACUGCAACGCCAUCCGCCACUUCGAGAACACCUUCGUGGUCGAGACGCUCAUCUGCGGGGUGGCGUGAAGCCCCGCCCCUCCCUCCAGGCCCCGCCCCUUCCCUCUUCCAUUUUCUCUUCUGGCCACUCUGGCCCUUCCCCUUGCUUAGCUUGUACUUUGGACGCCUUUCCAUAGAUGUGACGUGUCUUCCUGUUUCUCUCCAGCCCUGCCCGCCUCCCUGUACCAGAGCUGUGACCUCUCAAGGCCUCACCCUCUGCUGACCUCCUGAGUCUGGGGGAUGGAGGGAGCGCCCCAAGAUGGUUUCUGUGACCACCAUCUUGAGGUCAGGUCCCCGGGGGCCUGGCCCACAGCUGCACUGGCAGCCCAAAGGGGAGGACUGGAGGGAACGGCCAGGCAUGCUGGGGCUCUGGCGAGGGGCGGGCUGGGGGCGGGGGGGUGGAGUGGGGUUCAGGAACGUCUGCACAGCUGAGAAAGGUCUGAGAGGCUGUUUUCCGUGCACAGCACACUCCCACCCCUGUCCCGGGCCUGCGCUGAGGCUGGAGGGAAUGUACCCAGGGGUGGACCCGCCCAGAGCACAGGGGAAGGUGGCUGUCCUGGGGGUCUCCCCAGGACUCCAGUCAGUGCCUUCAGCCCACCAGUGGGAGCCUGGAGUUUGGGGAGUGGGAUGAAUCCGUCAAGCACAAUCUCCGGGUGGAACCAAAGAAGGAAGGAGCCAGGGCUGGGGGCCCUGGCCCCCCAGGAGCACAAGCGGGGUCCCCCGCAGCCACAGCCAGAGAAGGAACAGGGCAGAAGUGGGGAGAUGUCUUCCUGUCCACGGGCAGCCCCGCGGGCUGAGCACGGAGCAGGGAUGCACUGUGGGUCCUGCCGAGUGGGCGGGGCUCCCUGCUUUCUCCUGCUCGGGGGCGUUUGAGAGGAAAACCGGGGGAAGGGAGGGAGAGCCACCUGAUACUUGUACACCCUGCCUCCUUGCUCUGAAAUUCCAUCCCCUUCUGCUUUGGGGGAACACAGCGUUAUUUUCCGUUUCCUUCUCACUUUUGCAUGUUUUUACUGAUGAUUCGAUGUGCUAACCUUCUCAGCCCUGAACCCUGAAGAGGAGGGCUCCGACGCCUCCAGUCAGACUUCGGUGCUCGCUGGAGAUGAGACUCUUAAAUGCCUUGUAUAUUUUCUCAAUUAGAUCUCUUUUCAGAAGUGUCUGUCGAACAAUA